UUUAGUGUGUUUUGGUUGAAUGAAAAGAGUCACAGCAGCAUCAGGCAGGGAGGCAGGGAGUGAAAAUGUACAGCGUCAAGCAAAACGGUCCCGCUGGGACGGAAAACGCGGAAAAACAGUGUCGAUUGUGCCUCAAACAGUCCCGGGAGUACUACAGCUUGAAGAAACGGUUCGAGGACACUCCGCCCGUGCACGAAGUCAUCAAAACGCUGCUUUCUUUCAUCGAAGAUGAACCAGAACUGCCCCAGCAAAUCUGCGUCAGCUGCAGCAAGGAGCUGCUAUACUUCAGUCAGGUUAAGGACCGUUGGGUGGCCAAUCAGUUCGCUUUGGCACGGCAAUUCGCCCGUGGUCUCCCACCGAGGCGAAAGUCUCGCGAGUCGCAAUCCUCCAGUAUCACGAUCCGCCCAUGCGUGGUCGUCCUGGACAAAGACAUGCCGUCGGGAGCGGACGAGGAAAGUGAAAAAAAUGAGUCGUUUGACGUUUCGCAUGAAGUGGUCAACGAAGCAGAACCGGAUCGUGAUUCGGGAGAUGAUGACCUGAUUGAAAUUCCGGAUGAUCCCGAGCCAGAGAAAGAGCGUCAACCAGCGCAAAAAACGCAGCAACCUCCGAAGCCGGUGGACUCCGGCGCGUACAGACGAUUCAUUCGCUCAUGCGUGGACCUGAGAUGUUUUGUUUGCACGAGAGGAUUCGGGUCGUCCCAGUCUUUCCAGAGACACAUGCAUCUAGAACACUCUAAAAUGUUGCCAUAUCGAUGCACGCAGUGUAAAGGAAAGCAACCGGUGUUCUACACGGUGAACAGUAUGAACCAACACUUUGGCGUUCACCACGUCAGUUUCACCAACCGGCGAAAUAAGGCCGGCGUUCGGAACUUCUUCACGUGCGGAAAGUGUGGCCAAACGUUCCAAAGCUUGGCGGACAGUAAAAAUCACGCCAAAAUACACAACCGGUGCAAAAUUUGCGGUCUCGGCUUCACGCAGCGAUUUUCACUGAAGCGCCAUUUGCAAAGUCACAUUCGCCAGCGCUCCAGUAUCGUCUCGACCGUGCCGAGGUAUCGGGCAUCAAAGGGUCCAGCGGAUUCGGCGGAGGGGCAAACGUCGCCGGAUGAAAUAACGCCAGUGUCGAUGGUCACGAUGCCCCUCAUAAUGCCGGAUGAAUCGAUGGACGUGGCCAAUCUUUAUCCCAGCGUGGACCUCACCGAGCAGCAGCAGCAGUCGGACAAUAUUAAGAUGGAGCCGGCGUUCGAUCCGGCAGGGCAACAGCACGACGCACCGGAAACUGAGGACUAUUUCUAAUUUCUUUUUUUUUUUAUCUUUCAUCCAUCUUUCUUGAAAAGCACACAAAACAAUUUGAUUUACAAAGUUUUAGGUAUAGUUUACGAGAAUAUUUGUAAGUACUGUUUAAACUGUUUCGAAAGAAAGCAUGUUUAUAUAGCAUUUAACUUAAAUAUUAGAUCACACAUACCUUACGACUUGAUUCAUUUUACUUUUUAACCAGCCGCAGCAAAAAAAAAAAUGUACAAUUUUUAGAAACUUAAAAAAAAACAUAAAUAAAUAAAAUCCAAUAAA